UUAAAGCAUGCUUGAUAAGCUACAUAUUACGUGACAAAGAGAUGGCAUUGAAUCAGCUUGGCCUUUUGCGACCCGUAUUGUACCUGUCAGCAAGCCAUCUCGUGAGGACCUCAGUAGGGACCAGCUCUAGAGUGUUACUUCACUUCCAAAAUGCAGGCUCUCAGGGUGGAGUCCCUCCACCCUGCCUCGUUCGCUUUUAUGCCACCAAGAAGAGUAAAGCAAAAGCCAAGGGGCAGCAAGCCAAAGUGAACAUCAAUGCUUCGUUGGUGGAGGACAUUAUCAGUCUAGAUGAGGUUAAGGAGGACAUGGCCGCUGUCUUGACGACUCUGAAGGAUGAUUUCAGCCGUAACCUGAGCAUCCGCACCUCCCCAGGUGCACUGGAUCACAUCACAGUCAGUACCAAGGAUGGCAAGUUCCCCCUCAACCAACUGGGUCAGAUCUCCAUGAAGUCCCCUCAGCUCAUAGUGGUCAACAUGACGGGGUUCCCAGAGGCCACAGCGGCUGCCGCCCGCGCCCUGCAAGAGAGCAGCAUGAAACUCAACCCUGAGGUGGAUGGCACCAUCAUCAGGGUGCCCAUUCCCAAGGUGACCCGGGAGCAUAGAGAGAACUUGGCGAAACUGGCCAAGCAGUUCAGUAACAAGGCCAAGGAGUCUCUGAGGAGAGUCCGCUCCAACGCCGUCACUCAAGUGAAGAAGAGCAAGGAGGGAGUGUCCGAGGACACCAUCCGCUUGGUCGAGAAGCAGAUUCAGCAAAUGGCAGACAGCUAUGCUUCAGACAUUGAUAAACAGUUGGCCAACAAAACCAAGGAGCUGCUGGGAUGACAUUAACAAGACCCAUCAGAAUUCAUGACAUCACACACUCGCUUUUGUUGUUCAUCACGAAUCGAGCCAAACGCACUUGGCGCGGCCUGAGACUGGACAUGAUGCAAAAGGAAAGGAACAAAAAAAAAAAAAACCUCUGUGAACUCAAACCAGAAAACAAUUAAUGAUGGUGGUGAUAGAGGAAUGAGAGCCAAAGGUUGCUCUCUGCAGUGUUUGUGUAUUCUUCUCAUGCGUCAACAAAUGUUGGUAUGGCACGCCAGUGGCUGCUGGCUCCUCCAUCCUCUACUCUUCAAACAAACAAUGAAAGGACAAAUGAUGUUUUAAUGUGAUUUAGGGUCCUCCUACUAAUCAAAGCGAUGCCACAGAUGCUGUGUUUAUGUAAAAAGCACUACACUGAAUGUAAACUCUGUGGCUUUACAGCGUGGUGAGUCUCUCAGAGGACGGGGAGGAGCGCACACAAUAAUGCACUGCCAACAUUUGUUUCACAUUCGCUGUUGCAGCCACUGGGCUCAACCUUUUUUUUUUUUCUUUCCCCCCCAUCAGUUUUUAAGGAUUAAUAGUACAGCUA